GGAUCUCAGUCAAUGCUCCUUAAUCUCUCUUACCGAUUAGUCAAUCUCCACUCAGAUCGGUUCCGACGCCGGCGAACUCUGUCCGUCAAAGCUCCGUCUUGAGGGAGAUUCUUGAUCUGUGUUACUUUAAGAGAAGGGUUUUGUUUUGGGAUCUGAAACGGAAAUCAAGAUGGGUUUUUUCAGUACGAUACUAGGGUUUUGCGGAUUUGGAGUUGGGAUUUCUUUGGGACUUGUUAUUGGUUACGUUCUAUUCGUCUACUUGCUGCCCAACGACGUCAAGGAUCUUGAAAUUCGUUCAAUAGCUGACCAAGAUCCCAAAGCUAUGCUACGGAUGCUUCCAGAGAUACCUCUAUGGGUCAAAAAUCCCGAUUUCGAUCGUGUUGACUGGAUUAACAGAUUUCUCGAGUACAUGUGGCCUUAUCUCGACAAGGCCAUAUGUAAGACUGCAAAGAAUAUAGCAAAGCCGAUCAUUGAGGAGCAGAUACCAAAGUACAAGAUUGACUCUGUUGAAUUUGAAACACUUACACUAGGCUCUUUACCCCCUACAUUUCAAGGGAUGAAAGUUUAUCUCACGGACGAGAACGAGUUGAUUAUGGAACCAUGCUUGAAAUGGGCCGCAAAUCCCAAUAUCUUGGUUGCCAUCAAGGCAUUUGGGUUGAAGGCAACAGUUCAGGUGGUCGAUCUGCAAGUUUUUGCUCAGCCCCGUAUCACUCUCAAGCCAUUAGUCCCAAGUUUUCCUUGUUUUGCCAACAUCUAUGUGUCUCUUAUGGAGAAGCCACACGUUGAUUUUGGACUGAAGCUUGGUGGAGCAGAUCUUAUGUCAAUCCCUGGCCUCUACAGAUUUGUUCAGGAGCAAAUCAAGGAUCAAGUUGCAAACAUGUAUCUCUGGCCGAAGACUCUUGUAGUUCCAAUCCUUGACCCUGCGAAAGCAUUCAGAAGGCCUGUUGGAAUCGUCCAUGUGAAAGUUGUGAAGGCUGUGGGACUGAGGAAAAAAGAUCUCAUGGGUGGGGCAGAUCCAUACGUGAAAAUCAAGCUCUCUGAAGAUAAGAUUCCUUCGAAGAAGACAACAGUUAAACACAAAAAUUUGAAUCCUGAAUGGAAUGAGGAGUUCAAAUUCUCGGUCAGAGAUCCCCAGACUCAGGUUCUAGAGUUCACUGUGUAUGACUGGGAACAGGUUGGGAAGGACGAUAAGAUGGGUAUGAAUGUAUUAGCUCUGAAAGAAAUGGUGCCUAACGAACAUAAAGCAUUCACCUUGGAACUGCGUAAGACUCUGGACGGCGGUGAAGAAGGGCAGACUGACAAGUAUAGGGGGAAGCUGGAGGUCGAACUCUCGUAUAAGCCAUUCACGGAGGAAGAAAUGCCCAAAGGCUUUGAGGAAACGCAAGCUGUACAGAAAGCUCCAGAAGGCACACCGGCUGCUGGAGGAAUGCUUGUGGUAAAAGUGCAUUCGGCUGAGGAUGUUGAAGGAAAGCACCAUACAAAUCCUUACGUGCGCAUCUAUUUCAAAGGGGAGGAGAGAAAAACGAAGCACGUGAAGAAGAACAGAGACCCAAGGUGGAAUGAGGAGUUCUCCUUCAUGCUCGAGGAGCCUCCAGUCCGUGAGAAGCUGCACGUGGAAGUGCUGAGCACCUCUUCCAGGAUAGGUUUAUUGCAUCCCAAGGAAACACUGGGGUACGUGGAUAUUCCGGUGGUGGACGUGGUGAACAACAAAAGGAUGAAUCAGAAAGUUGAAGAUGUUGAGACGGUUGAUGUUUACGCAGCUAAAGGCUUUCUUUGUAUUGGUCAUCGAUAUCUCGAUGUAAGGACAAAUGAAGAAUUCGCCAAGAGUCAUGUUGAGGAUGCUUUGAACAUUCCUUAUAUGUUACAAACAGAUGAAGGUAGGGUUAUAAAUCCUGAUUUCCUUCCUCAAGUGGCAUCGGUUUGCAAGAAAGAUGAACAUAUGAUCGUGGCUUGUAACGCUGGAGGAAGAGGAAGUCGUGCUUGUGCUGAUCUUCUCAAUGCGGGGUACGAGCAUGUGGCUAACAUGAGGGGAGGCUACUCGGCUUGGGUUGACGCUGGAUUCGCCGGCGACAAACCCCCAGAAGACCUCAAGAUUGCUUGCAAGUUCCGCCCAAAGGAAAUACCUGGCCACUACAGAUUUGUUCAGGAGCAAAUCAAGGAUCAAGUUGCGAACAUGUAUCUCUCGCCUAAGACCCUUGUAGUUCCAAACCUUGACCCUGCGAAAGCAUUCAGAAGGCAUGUUGGAAUCGUCCAUGUGAAAGUUGUGAAGGCUGUGGGGCUGAGGAAAACUGGUCUGAUGGGUACGACAGAUCCAUACGUGGAAAUCAAGCUAUCUGAAGAUAAGAUUCCUUCUAAGAAGACAACAGUUAAACACAAGAAUUUGAAUCCUGAAUGGAAUGAGGAGUUCAAAUUCUCAGUCCAAGAUCCCCAAACUCAGGUUCUAGAGUUCAAUGUGUAUGACUGGGAACAGGUUGGGAAGCACGAUAAGAUGGGUAUGAAUGUAUUAGCUCUGAAAGAAAUGGUGUCUAACGAACAUAAAGCAUUCACCUUGGAACUGCGUAAGACGCUGGACGGCGGUGAAGAAAGGCAGACUGAUAGGGGGAAGCUGGAGGUCGAACUCUCGUUUAAGCCAUUCACGGAGGAAGAAAUGCAAGCUGUAGAGAAAGCUCCAGAAGGCACACCGGCUGCUGGAGGAAUGCUUGUGGUAAUGGUGCAUUCGGCUGAGGAUGUUGAAGGAAAGCACCAUACGAAUCCUUACGUGCGCAUUUAUUUCAAAGGGGAGGAGAGAAAAACGAAGCACGUGAAGAAGAACAGAGACCCAAGGUGGAAUGAGGAGUUCUCCUUCAUACUCGAGGAGCCUCCAGUCCAUGAGAAGCUGCACGUGGAAGUGCUGAGCAACUCUUCCAGGAUAGGUUUAUUGCAUCCCAAGGAAACACUGGGGUACGUGGAUAUUCCGGUGGUGGACGUGGUGAACAACAAAAGGAUGAAUCAGAAGUUUCACCUUAUUGAUUCUAAGAACGGCAAGAUCCAAAUCGAGCUUGAGUGGCGAACUGUCUCUUGAUUUCUGAUUCGAUUCGAGAACAAACAAAGAGAUAAUUGGUUUGAUGUUGUUAAAAACUUUGUGACACAAAAUGGGCUUUAACUCUUAAAACCAACAUUCAGAUUUGCAGAGCCUUCUUUGAUUUGGUUUGUGUGUUUUCAACUUCUCUUCUCUAUGAUAUUCGGUAGUGUGACUCUCUGUUUUCACUGCUCAUUUUUUAGCGAGAAUAUGUCUCAAAAAAUUAUUUGCAAUUAA